UGAAAAGUGUGAGACAGUAGCGUUUCAUAAACAAAAUUCUACGACUAAUGAGAGCAGUAACACCGCUGCGCAUCAUUAUCAACGUUGUUAUUGUUCAUCGUCAAUUUAACAGACGCAAUAAAUAAACAAACUACGUAUUGUUUGCGUUCAGACGGUCAUUGGACAUUUAGUUCACACCAAACAGUAGUUGUUGUUCAAAGUGUUCAGUGCAAAAAUAAAUUUAACCAAAAGAAAAUUUUCAAAAAGUUUUAAAAAAGAUGUUUGAUAAAAAUUCUUGGCAAUUGGAGGAUAUCACGUUUGUCUUAAACGAAUAUUCGGAAUUAUUACAAUGGGGUUACAAAGACGAGACAGUUCUUCAUUUUGGUUGCGGAUCUGGUUUCAUUACUGGUAAAUUUUUGCUGCCGCAUUUGCCAUCGAAAGUUCAAGUCGUCGGAGUUGAAGAAGAUGAUAAUCUGGUGCAGUUUGCUAAAAAGUAUCACGAACACGAUAAAGUGGAGUAUCGCAAGUUGAAAGAAAUACAAGAUUGUGUUUUUGAUCAUAUUUUAUCGUUUUAUUAUUUUGAUGAAAGUCUUGAUGAAUUGAAAUUAUUCAGCAAACUGAAUGACCACUUAACUAAAAAUGGUGAUUUGUUGAUGAUUUUAUUAAACGAGCAUUCAGUAUUGUCCAUUUUGAAUACAUUGGAACAAAAUGAGAAAUAUAGUGGAAAGUUUGGUAAAGCUAAAAUUAAAUCAAUGAAUAUUUCGCAAAACACAUUAGUAGAGGCCUUGGCUGAUGCGAAUUUUACUGACAUAAUAUGCAAAUGCUAUGAACGUUAUCACAUAUUCCCUAGUAAAGGUGUACUCAAAACUUUCCUAAAAAGUAAUCUCUUGGAUAUAAAAAUUAAGGAAAGUGAAUUUGAUAACCUUAUCACUGAUUUUAUGACGUCCAUGGAUGAUCGCAUUGAUGUAAGGCGAAUAGGACGCAAUGGAAGUGGUAUCGCUCUGCCUUAUACACUAACCUUCUUGUAUGGCAGGAAGAUGAAGUUGAUAUAAACAAUUAACAAAUUUAACAACAAAUAAAAAAAAAGUCCUCCCCGGCGGGGAAUCGAACCCCGGUCUCCCGCGUGACAGGCGGGGAUACUGACCACUAUACUACCGAGGACUUAUUUCUUAUGUGUAAUUUCAUGGCCUUUCCCCCCACUUUAUCACAAACAGUAGUUGCUAUUAUUAGAAAUUAUAUCAGUCUAUGCUAUUACACAAAAAUAUUGCUUUAUCAAAUUGAAUUUGUGGCUAUAUAUAACAUUAUAAUGAAACAUUGAUAAUAAUCGAUUAAUAUUAUAAUAUUUUAAUUUUAUUAAAAAAUUAUUUAAUAAAUGACAACGUUAACUUUC